AUGAAUGUAAGGAAACUUCUUCUUCUUCUUCGCUGCUACACACUUAGAGCCAACCCUACUUUUGCCAUGCUAUUUUCAAAUUCAAUGUGCCAUUCAUUCUCUUUUGAAGCUUCUUCAGACACUUUAAGAAGUGUUGAAAAGAGUAAGGAUUUGGGUUUUAAGGCCACCAGGCCCACCAUCCCUUUUGUGGAGGAUGACGCUACUUUUGUAUUUGG